UUUUUUCCACCUGUUUGCUCAGCUCUGUGGGCUUAGAGAGCUUUAUUCGCUUCUGUUUAUCAACCCUGCCAAUGCCACCCCGCUCUCCAGCGCUGCCAACGACAGGCACCUGCCACCUGCAAACCUUACUGCCAGUUCUAAGCAGCUCCCAGCUGGGGACCUAGCACUUCUUUCUUUUUCCUCCUCCUCCUCAACUUCUCCACAGUGACGCUUUGGGCACCUUCCCUUGGUUCCUGCCAGGUGCCUCCAUGCCAGCACUGCCAGGGCCGCUCCAGGACUCCUCCAUCCUCCCAGCUCACUUUGGGAGCAAGGCUGUGGAGGCAGGUAAGUGGAAACUAACAGGCCUGGUUUGGGGGGGCAUUGUGGGGGGCGGAUGGGGGAGAGCAAGGCCAGCGACCCUUAUUGGGGCACAAGGUUCUUUUAAAAUGAAGUGCAAAGGCCUUGAGCCAUUUUCCACUCUUGGGUUCUGUUUUCCACAUCACUUUGCAAGAAAGAAGAAUUUGAGUUAUCUGAAAAGUGCACCAGGAUUUUACAGUGGUACCUGGGGUUAAGAACUUAAUUCGUUCCAGAGGUCUGUUCUUAACCUGAAAUUGUUCUUAACCUGAAGCACUACUUUAGCUAAUGGGGCCUCCUGCUGCCGCUGCGCCGCCGGAGCACGAUUUCUGUUCUCAUCCUGAAGCAAAGUUCUUAACCCGAGGUACUAUUUCUGGGUUAGUGGAGUCUGUAACCUCAAGCAUAUGUAACCUGAAGUGUAUGUAACCCGAGGUACCACUGUACUUGGUUGGAGAACUGCCUUGCAAGCAAGGAAGCAAAAAUUCAGAGACCCUGAAACAGCGGCGCCAGCCUGCUUGUAGCUUGUGCUUGGCUCACUGAGAGGCGCCUGAUACUGACUCAGACCAGUGCUGUCUACUCUAGCUGGCAGCAACGACUCUCCAGGGUUUGAGGCAGGGGACUGACUUCCCAGCCCCUCCUGGAGAUUCUGCUCCUGGGGACUGAGCCUCCUGCAUGCAGGCCAGGUGCUCCAGCGCUGAGUUAUAGACCUCCCCUUGCAGCAAAGGUGGGCAGCGGAGGAGGGAUGCUGAGGAGCGGCUGCAGGAGGCCAGUCCAUUUCCUCUCUGAGCCUCUUUUGUUUGCUUGUGGGGAGAGGAGGGCCCUUCUCCCAGCAGAACAGCAAGGAGCUUUGUUCAGAGGGAGGGGAAGGAGGGGGCCGCAGAGGGGUUGCAGCCAAGAGGCUGCUUCUGGCUGCAGGAUCCCAGGCAAGUUGGCAGGCAGCGGAAGCACCCUACAGUUAUUUACUAAUUUGAGGGGGGGGUCCCCAGGUUUUUGUUUAUUAUUUACUUGUGAUAUAUUUACUUAUGAGAAAACACAACAAAAUGUAAUACCAGAUGCUAACUAAAACAAAAACAGAGGCAUAUCUGCAGCCAAACAUAUAGGAGCAGAAUUUCAAACCCAAACCAAAUGUAAUAAAUUAAUAUCACAAAUUUACAAGUGACACAAAUUUGUUUCAGUUCUCCCAUACCUUCUUACUCCUGUACACUCACCAUACAGUUAAAGCACAUUUCCUCCCCUCCAAAAAAGGAGCUGUAGUUCACCCACACAGAGAACUAUAAUUCCCAGCAUCCUUAACAAACUGCAGUUUUCAGAAUUAUCGGUGGAGGAAGGAAAUGUGUAUCAGUUGUGUGUGUGGUCUGUAGGGGGUUAGAGAAUGUUGAGGUCACAAGGGCCCAACAUUAGAGCACGGAUAGGGGACCUCUGGGACUGAUGGAUUUAUUCCAGACUGCCCACACAUGAUUUACGCUUUAGCAGUUGUUUUGUGAUCCUGAUGGAAUCAUGAAACUGUAAAGUUGGAAGAGACUCCAGGGGUCAUCUAGUCUAACCCCCUGCAAUGCAGGAAUUUCAGUUAAAGAAUUCCUGACAGACGGCCUCCAAACUCUGCUUGAAAACCUCCAAAGAAGGAGAGCCCACUAUUCAAAAUGGGAUCAUGCUGAACUGCCUCAAAACCAUCCUGAGCACAAUCACAAAAGCACAAUAAAAACGUAGUCUGGGGUCCCCAUUGUGUAUCAUUCAUAGACACAGACAGACAGAUUUUGUUGUCUUUUUUCAGAAAACGCUUAGGGACUGAUCUAGAAUUCAGCUGCAUAUAAAUGCAGGAAUAAAAAAGUCACUGUUCUUCCUAGCCCUGAGAGCUAAAUAGCACAUCCAGGUUCAGAGGCAAUUUACUGCAGGGUACCCUUGGCCAGGGGACGCGGGUGGCGCGGUGGGUUAAACCACAGAGCCUAGGACUUGUGACGACGGGGUGAGCUCCCGUUGCUUGGUCCCUGCUCCUGCCAACCUAGCAGUUCGAAAGCACGUCUAAGUGCAAGUAGAUAAAUAGGUACCACUCCGGCGGGAAGGUAAACGGCGUUUCCGUGCGCUGCUCUGGUUCGCCAUGCUGGCCACAUGACCCGGAAGCUGCACACCGGCUCCCUCGGCUAAUAAAAUGAGAUGAGCGCCGCAACUCCAGAGUUGGUCACGACUGGACCUAAUGGUUAGGGGCUCAAUGUGGGUUUGGGUACAUUGAAGAUCCUGUGGAACUAGUGCUCUUCCUCUCUGGUCUCCUCCUCCACCUCCAUUAGGGAUGGAUGAAAAGGUCCUUGGGGUCACCAUGACAUGUCCCACAUCAUGCUCCCCUAGAGCAGCCCAAGGGAGGGGCGGGACGUAGAGGGAAAGCUGGCCCAAGGUUAUCUCAGGUCAGCCCUCCAGACCCAGUCAAGGACGUUGCCACCGCGGCAGCUUGGAAACUGCAAGUGAAAUAUCUUUUUUAUUGGAACAUUUUCUCUUGGCCUCUGAGCACACGGGAACAAUCAUUGACAAUCCUAAUCUGUAUGGUUGUAGAUUUUCAGAUAAGCUAAAAAUAGAUGGGCUCUGCUUCGGACCCUUGUCCACUGCUCAGGCGCUACUAUUUCCCUGUUGAACAAUGAUUACAAAUUGUUUGCAAAAAUAUUAGCAGAUUGAAAAAAAUGUUAAAUGAGUAUAUAUAUCAAGAUCAGGCAGGGUUUCUUCCAGGUAGACAAAUGAAGGAGAAUAUAAGGAAUAUUAUGAAUAUAAUAGAAUACCUGGAGGUCAAAAAUGAAAAGGAAGCAGCAAUGAUGUUUAUAGAUGCUGGAAAAGCCUUUGACAACGUCUCUUGGAAAUUCAUGACAAAGCUGCUUGAAGAAAUUAAAUGUGGCCCUAAAUUUCUAUAGGGAAUACCAGCAAUUUACUCGGAACAAAAAGCAAAAUUAAUUAUAAAUCAGGUGAUAACGGAUGAAUGUCAGAUACAAAAAGGAACUAGACAAGGAUGCCCACUAUUCACCAUAGUUGUUCAUCCUGGUACUGGGAGUACUUGCCAGAAACGUAAGAGCAGAUAAAGAGAUCACAGGUGUAAAAACUGGGGAAAGUGAGUUUAAACUAAAAGCAUAUGCAGAUGACUUAGUGAUAACAGUAGAAGAUCCAAAAACUUCACUCCCUAAAGUGUUAGAAAAGAUUCAGAAAUUUGGGGAGGUGGCAGGGUUUAAAUUAAAUAGGAAUAAAACAAAACUACUAGUUAAAAUUUGAAAAAAGGGCACCUGAACCUCUGCUGCUGGUCUGCACACGCCCUUGGAAAAGCCGAGGCGGCGGAAGCACGCCAGCGUCAGAUUUCUUGGCUCUGAGCCACCCUUCCUGGCAUGCCCUUGGCCAUGUCCCCCACUGCUGCAAUCCAGUAGGCCAGGAUGGGGAGCCUUUUGCCCUGCGGAUGAUAAGCAAAUAGAAUCAGAGAACUGUAGAGCUGGAAGGGAACCCAAGGGCCAUCUAGCCUCACCCAGUGCAAUGCAGGAAUCGCCGGAAAAGAACCCCCGACAGACAGCCAUCCACCCAUGACAGAGAGUCCACUUCAACGUCCAACAGCUCUUACCUUCAAACGUUCUUCAGAUCACCUCUCAGCCUUCUCUUCUCCAGGAGAACAAAAGGCCAUCAUAUUGCAUAGUUUAUCCAUUUUUCUGUUUAUCUCUUUAAAACGAGUGUUAUUUUCUCAGCAAUAGCCAUUCGCCAAACGUUGUUGGACCAUAAAUCUGGGGGUGGGUCCUUUAAGACCUUCCAGGUUUGAGCUAAAGAGAGACAAGCCUUUGAAGAGGUGUACAGUGGUACCUCGGGUUAAGAACUUAAUUCGUUCUGGAGGUCUGUUCUUAACCUGAAACUGUUCUUAACCUGAAGCACCACUUUAGCUAAUGGGGCCUCCCGCUGCCACCGCGCGAUUUCUGUUCUCAUCCUGAAGCAAAGUUCUUAACCCGAGGUACUAUUUCUGGGUUAGCGGAGUCUGUAACCUGAAGCGUCUGUAACCCAAGGUACACUGUAUAAUAAACAAGAAUGGAGGGAGAAAUGCAGGAGCUCCCAAAUUAUUUUGAAUAUUUCUGAGGAUACCAGUCCCCGAAGUGUCUGUAUUAGCAGGGAGCCCCACCAUGAGAGGUAAUACGUUCCCUUAGUACCUGUUUCUUGAGCAUCCGCCCUGAUUUGCUGGCCCAAAGCUUGCCCUGUCUUUUACUGAGCAUUAUGAUUUUUUGUGGAAAGGGCACACAACGCGAAUAUGUCCUGCCUCCGUCCCGAUUUGCUCACAGUGUGUUUAGGCAGCUUCCUCUUAGUCAUUCAUUCGCUCCACACUUUUUAGGGCAUUUCCCUGCCACUCUCUAUUCCGCAAAAUACCCUAUUCAGCUUGCAUCCACUUGAAAUGCACAAACCUAAACUUCUGCUGUGCACUUGAAUCCCUCCUGCAAAAGACUGACAGAUUGGGGGCGCCCUGAGCGUUUUGCUGCUUGCUGGGAGGUCAGGUAUGCCAACUCUAGGGGGCGGAGGUGUCUUCUGCCCCCUUAAUAUUUGGCUGGCGGAACAUUGCAGAAGGCUGCACCAGGCUGCGUAGUGUCGGGAGACAUGUGAUGUUGUGACACACUUGCGUCACACAUAGAUGAUGCGCAACAUCCCCCAGGCAUCACGUGUUCAGUGUGGAUUGGGGCCAUGCAGGGAGGCACUUUCAGGGCCACCGUGCCUCCUCCUGGGUGCAAUGAAAAAUGGUUUUCAUUCUUAGAUGAGAAAUAACACUGUUUCACUAUAAACAAAACACAGUGGAAAGCAGUAAUUCACCCCUGCUACAGAAACAGGGGCUAAUGGAUGAUGCGAGGGACCAAUAAGCUAUUCAUCUUUCAUGCUAUUGCCACCCAACAAAAGGGGCAGAAGCUGCAAAUGGGAAGCUUUUAACUAACAUUGCAAGGGGCCUUCGCUGGAUGGGCAUGGGUUUUGCAUGAUCAUUAUAGGUUAGCACUGCAGGGACAGGCAUUGCAGUACAAGAUAUCCCUACAUGAAGUUACAUGUUCAACUACCAUUCUAAUUCUGCUCGGGUGAGUAAUCUCUGUGGAGUAAAACGCCCCCUGCGCAUGAUCAUCUACAUGGCAGCUCUCUCAACACCAAAGACAAAAGUGAGAGAUCAAAGAGCUGCCUUCCCUAUCAGAAAGGCGAGGUUGAUCUUCACAGCUGUCUUAUCACAUCACCAUCUCUUGCUUGCAAGAUCUACGAAGCGGAUGGCAUCUCUCGCCCAGGAUCUAUUUAUACCUCCUUCUCUGUUUCGCAAGGAGCCCACCUUUGGGGAGGUCAUGGGCCUUCCAAUAAUGUACCUGCCCUGCAAGGCAGAUGACAUUCUGCGUGGCUGGUCUUGUUGCUCCUGAUGCAGAAUGGCAACCCGUGGGGGGCGGGGGGAGGAAGGAAAGGGGGUCACUGCCGGUUGCCUCAAGCGGACCGGAAUAGAUGUGGUGUGAACUGGAGGAUCUGCCUGCAGAGCUCUGGAUUAUUUAAAGAGAGACGCGUUGACUUGCACACUGUCAGGCAGGCUCCGGGGAUGCUAGAUCCUUUGCGCCCCACAAGCCCCUUUCCUCCGUCCCCCCAGGGACCUUGCUUCAGGGAGCUCACCUAGGGUACCACUCCUGCCUGCCAGGUCCUGCUGCAGAGCUCUCCCCGGGUGCUGCUGCUGCUGCCUUGCUCUUCUUCCAUGGCUGAUCUCCACUGUCCUCCUCUGUCCACCCCAAGUGCCCGGCUCAGGUGAGCAAGGACCCUCCUUGGGCUCUCACUCCCAUCUGGGGCAAGGCAUGGGAUGGCGCUCUUCCAGGACCACAUCUUCCCAGCUCUGUCCCUCUGCCAGUCCAUCAUCUUUUUCUUCUGCAAGGGGAUGAUUGAAGGGUUGGUGAUCCUCCUCUUCCUGUGGCUGCUGGUCCAGGUCCUGCUAGACAAACACCAGCAUGGUGAGUAUGCCCUCCUCCUCCUCCAUCCUCCCCCUCCCCCUAAGUAUCAUGGGAACUAUGGUUUCCUAAGAAGAUUGUAAAAAAAGGUAAAGGGACCCCUGACCAUUAGGUCCAGUCGUGGCCGACUCUGGGGUUGCGGCGCUCGUCUCGCUUUAUUGGCCGAGGGAGCCAGUGUACAGGUUCUGGGUCAUGUGGCCAGCAUGACUAAGCCGCUUCUGGCAAACCAGAGCAGCACACAGAAACUGUAGCACUGUGAGAAUAGGGGUCUCCUGUGCGUUAAACCACAGAGCCUAGGACUUGCCAAUCAGAAGGUUGGCGGUUCGAAUCUCCACGGCUGGGUUAGCUCCUGUUGCUCUGUCCCUGCUCCUGCCAGCCUAGCAGUUCAAAAGCACGUCAAAGUGCAAGUAGAUAAAUAGGUACCGUUCCUGCAGGAAGGUAAAUGGCAUUUCCGUGCGCUGCUCUGGUUCACCAGAAGCGGCUUAGUCAUGCUGGCCACAUGACCCGGAAGCUGUACGCCGGCUCCCUCAGCCAGUAAAGCAAGAUGAGCGCCGCAACCCCAGAGUCGGCCAUGACUGGACCUAAUGGUCAGGGGUCCCUUUAUCUUUUAACAGCUCUCAGCACCUUCAACAAACUACGGUUCCCAGGAUUCUUUGGGAGAAGGCAUGGCUGUUAACGUGGCACUAAAGAGCCUUUUAAGCCUGUGGGGUGGGCAUUCUGCGGAUGAUUUUCCUUUGUAUGGGUGAAUCUGGAGCAAUAGCAUUUUGCAGGAGGAGGGAUUCGUGUCUUAGCUUUGUGCGUUGAAAGGGGACUAAAGCAUCCUGGCCGUGGGCAGUUUGGAAAGUGAUGGGAAGAUGCAUUGCAAAGUGUGUGGGAUGAGCAAGUGACUAAUGGAGAGACAACCCCCCAAGCAAAUCAGGGUGAGCAGCCAUUGUCGUAUAACCACCCUGUAAACAAAUCAGAAUCAAUGCUCAGUAAAAAAUGGACACGGUCUAACCUUUAGCCCCAGCGCCCUGAGCCAACUGCCAUUCCCAGGAUUCUUUGGGUUUCCAUGGCUCCUCAAAAAUAUUGCUCCGAGGGUGUAAUGUAGCUAAGGCCCCAGAUGGGUCCGUCCCAGAGUUCCCUAGGAAGAGGGCUGGACUGUUAAACCACUUUGGGACUUGCACCUCUGUGAGGGGGGCAGAGGGAGGGGCCUCCCCGCUACUCUCAGCACCCUUAACAAACUACCAGAUUCCUUGGUGGAAGUCAUAGCUGUUUGUUUGCUUUGUCAAGGAUACCAUACUGUUUUCAAAGUAUAGUGCAGAUGGGGCCUGUUGCUACUACAUCACAUUGUCGGCAUUAGGAUAUUUGAUUCCCGCGUUGCAGGGGGUUAGAUUAGAUGACCCUUGGGUUCCCUUCCUGUCCUACCAUUCUACGUUUUUACAGUAUCUGGUUCUAUUUCCCAUCCCUUUUCAGGGAGCGGGAAAGCAUUAAAAAGUCAGCUAUGGGUUGUAUUCUCUAAAAAUCAAAGGCAGCCUUUUAACACAGAUCUCCAGGUGUUGUGAGGCUCCCAGCUGCCAUUAACCUCAACCAGCAUGCCCAGUGGUCAGGGCUGAUGGGAGCUAGACAGUCCAGCAACAUCCUGGGGGCCACAGUCUGCAAACAUCAGCAGCAGCCACUAUUUAUCGGUGUUCUCUGGACUGAACUCUGUUCUGGACGUGAGACGAAGAAAGAAACAUUGGCAAGUUCCUGCACUGCCGGGGGUUGAGUGGGAUCCCUUGGGAUCCCUUCCAGCCCUAAAAUUAUUUCCCCAUUUUUGUUAGAAUCUAGAGGUGCAGGGGAUUGGCCCAGGGCCUUCUACAUGCGAAGCAUGCGCUCUAGCCUUGCGCUGCAGCCCUCCCUCCUCCCAUCUCAUGGGACGAUGCAACAUUCUCUCUCUCACACACACACAUUCUGGGGUCAGCUGCCAGCUGACCUGGAAGCCAAGCACAGAUUGAGUGCUUUGCAAAGGGCUGUUUGACUAGGCAAGGGCCUCUUAGCUCCACAACAGCCCUGCGUCAGCAAAACUGCAGGCCUGAUAAGCAGAGCUUUUCUUUCCCUGGGGUUUAUCUGGUUUGAGGAGAGUCUGGCUUUAUUUUAGCUCCUGAGCAAACAUGUCGAACUGAUGUCAUCAGGCCACAGCUGCUCUGCAGGCGUCUUUUGGAGAGAGUGGGAGUUGGGAUGGGGUCCCUUCCCUGCCUUCUCUACUCUCCUUUUGAGCUGCCCCUCUUGCCCUUCUGAGCCUUAGUGGUAGUUGUUGUUGCCAAUUUGUUCCAGCUGUUGUGAGCAGAGAUGGGGAGGAAUCCAGUUCACACUUAAAGGAGAUACUGUACUACCUAAUCCACACAUUCCAAAGCUGCCGAUAGUGAUAGUGCAAUGUCAUUAUACAGAUCUAUGGUGCGGCUAUGGGAUGUGGGUGGUGCUGUGGUCUAAACCACUGGGCUUGCUGAUCGGAAGGUCGGCGGUUUGAAUCCCUGUGACAGAGUGAGCUCCUGUGCAAGUAGAUAAAUAGGUACCACCCCGGCGGAAAGGUAAACAGCGUUUCCAUGUGCUGCUCUGGUUCGCCAGAAGCAGCUUAGUCAUGCUGGCCACAUGACCCGGAAGCUGUCUGCGGACAAACACCAGCUCCCUUGGCCAGUAAAGCGAGAUGAGCGCUGUAACCCCAGAGUUGUCCACAACUGGACUUAACGGUCAGGGGCCCCUUUAGCUUUACCUUUAUGGUGCGGCUGCAUUUGGAAUGUGCAUGUUAGGCAAAACUGCAUACAGAUUGCAUAAUAAUUUUCAAGGUGACUUGUUAUACUUCAAAAACCUGCAACUUUAUGUGGACAUGUGAACAGAACUUACAAAUCAAAACAAAAAAGCAAAACCGAGCAAAACCCAAAUGGACAUGUUUGGCCAUCCUUACUUGUGAGUGGAGAAGUGAGUACAUAGAUGGAGAUCCAGUGGUGGUGCAGAGAUUACAGUGUUAGACUAGGACCUGGGAGACCAGGGUUCGAAUCUCCACUCGGCCAUGAAGCUCACUGGGGGGGUCCAGUCUCGGCCUCUCAGCCUAACCUACCUCACAGGGUUGCUGCAGGGAUUAAAGGAAGCGAGGAGAAGCAGGUAAGCCAACUUGAGCUCCUUGCAGAAAAAGGUGGGGGUAUAAAUGCAGUAAAUAAAUUAAAUAGAUGGCCCAUGGUGAGCCCUCCCCUGAAACUGGGACCUGCCUCCUUGAGGCUCUGCAGUUGCUUUUCCCACAAUACUACCCUCUUCUGCAAACAGAAAGAAAAUUUGGACUUAACAUUCGGAGUAACUUUCAGGUGGUAAGACAAUGCACACUCAUUCCUUGGAGGUUUUUAAGCAGCGGUUGGAUGGCUAUCUGUCAGGGAUGCUUCAGCUUAGAUCUGAUUCUUGCAUUGCAGGGGGUUGGACUAGAUGACCCUGGGGGUCCCUUUCAACUCUAGAUUCUAUUAUUGUCCUCCUCUUCUCUGCUCAGUGCACUUACAGGUAUUCCUGGGCGUCGGGCUGAGCCUGCUCUGCUUUUGCCUGCUCCUCGGCUGCGCGAUUUGCUGGCACCGGCGGAGGACGCGGCGCCCGGAUUGCGGCGAGGCGCAGGCGUCGGGCCGCCCCCUGGUGGAUCUGGGCCCCGCUCUGCCCUCUCCGACGACGACGGUGCCCAUCCAGCAACAGUAUGCCCAGCUGGCGGGGCAGCUUCUGGAGAGCCUGCCUGCUGCAGCUGCUCGUGCGCCGGCCUCGCCCGACGGCAGCCCCCCGACGCCCCUCCUGCGCGGCCGCGCCUCCCUGCCCAGCCUCGUCGUCCCGCCAGGGCUGAGCGCGCCGCCCGCCCAGCGCCCCCGGGGCCCGCAGCGCCGGAGCACCAUUGCCGCGGGAGACAGCAGCCCCCUCGCCGUGCGCCCCGUCGCGGGGCUCCUGCCCGCCGCCGCCCAGGCCAAGCCGCGACCUCGCCUGCACUUCGCCGUCGGCUACUCUCCUCCGGAGGCCACGCUCACGGUGAACGUCGUCGGCGUCGCCCACUUGCCCGGGGGCCUGGGCGCCAGCCGCAGCUGCUACGUCGAGGCGCGCCUGCUGCCGGGCUCCGCGGAGCCGCAGCGCACCGCCCGGCGCCGGAGGAGCCUCCACCCCGAGUUCCACCAGCAGCUCCGCUUCCCCGGCUGCGCCCGCCAGGAGCUGCCGGGCCUGACGCUGCGCCUCGCUGUGUACGCCAGGGCGUUCGCCCGUCGGAAGGACGCCUUCGUGGGCGAGGUGCUGUUCCCCUGCGCCCAGGUGGCCGGCGAGCAGGGCGCCUCGCCCUCGGCGCUCGCCCAGGAGCUGUCGCUCACGAAGGUGAGGCUCGCGUCGCCCAGAGGCCAGGGAGUCGUCGCCUCCCGCCCGGGGGGGACCCCCAAUUCCCGCUCCUCCUGCGGACCUCUUGAGGGUCUUGGGGCAGCAAUGGUAGUUCCCUAAAAUUCAAAUUGUAAUAUAAGAAAUAAAAGGAGCAACAGAAAGGCAAUUGAGAACCAGUCCCCAAUAUUCCGAGCGAUGGGUGGGUAACCUGCAACCACAAAUUCUCACAUCCCACUGGUCACCCAUGGGGCACAGUUUGAUGAUGAUGAUGAUAAUAAUAAUAAUAAUAAUAAUAAUUUAUUAUUUAUACCCCGCCCAUCUGGCUGGGUUUCCCCAGCCACUCUGGGCGGCUUCCAACAAAACACUAAAAUACAAUAACCUAUUAAACAUUAAAAGCUUCCCUAAACAGGGCUGCCUUUAGAUGUCUUCUAAAAGUUUGGUAGUUAUUUUUCUCUCUGACAUCUGGUGGGAGGGCAUUCCACAGAGCGGGCACCACUACCGAGAAGGCCCUCUGCCUGGUUCCCUGUAACUUGGCUUCUCGCAGCGAGGGAACCGCCAGAAAGCUCUCAGCGCUGGACCUCAGUGUCCAGGCAGAAACCCUAUAUUGGAUGGGCAAGGGCUGGUUUUAUUUGUGUGUAUGUUUGUCAUGAGCGUAGCCAGGAUUUAUUUCCAGGGGAGGGUAGAACCUCGGUUAGUUAUGUAUUUUGUAAUGAUUUACUUGAUUUAGGGAGGGGCAGCUCCCCCCCCCCGUGGCUACGCCCAUAGUGGGUGGGUGUUCCCUUUAGAGCAGGGUUAGGAAACUGGCCCUCCAGAUGUUAUUGGAUUCCAACCCCUGUUGGCUGCUGCCCUGGGGGGUAUGUGGGCCCCUGAAGGGCAGGCUCAUGCAGUUUUAUAUAAGUGAAAUACAGUGGUACCUCAGGUUAAGUAUUUAAUUCGUUCCGGAGGUCUUUUCUUAACCUGAAACUGUUCUUAACCUGAAGCACCACUUUAGGUAAUGGGGCCUCCUGCUGCUGCCGCGCCGCCAGAGCAUGAUUUCUGUUCUCAUCCUGAAGCAAAGUUCUUAACCUGAAGCACUAUUUCUGGGUUAGCAGAGUCUGUAACCUGAAGCGUCUGUAACCUGAAGCAUAUGUAAUCUGAGGUAUCACUGUAACUAAACAGCAUUUUAAAGCCUUAGGCAAGUGACUUUGACACGCAGGCAUCCCAACAAAGAGGCCGUAAGCAGCGCAAAGUGACCUGUGCAAAAACCACAGGAGGCGAGAGUUGCUCUUGUUCUGGAACCCUGCUUCCUGGAUUCCCAUUGAGGCUUCUGGUUGGCCACUGUGCAAAGAGGAUGCUGGACUCGAUGGGCAUCCACUGGCCUGAUCCAGCAGUCUCUUCUUAGGUUCUUAAAUCCAUGUGAAGUAUAAAACUGGAGCUGGCUAACUCCUGUAUGUGUGUGUGUAUUAUCUAUGCCAGGACGUGUUCAUUCUCUCCCCCUUCAGUGCCACAGUUCCCAGGACAUGAGCUCCGCCUCUUGGCUCUCUCAGCCCAGGUCCCUGGGGCAGCUUUUCCUCCUGCUCCAGUAUCAAGCUCUGGCCAAUCGCAUCAAAGUUCUGGUCCGCAAAGCAGAGAACCUGGGACGCGUCAGCCGGAUGCUGGGAACACCAGGUAGGAUGCAAGUACCAACGCAUGUAUACGAACACACAAACAUGGGGAGCUGCCUUCUGCUGAGCCAGACCAUUGCUCCCUAUAUCUUAGUGUUGUCUACUCUGACUGGCAGCAGCUCUCCAGGGUUCAGGCAGGGAGUACCUGCCAGAGGAGCCAGCGGGGAUUGAACCUGGGACAUUCUACAUAUAAAGCAGAUGUUCUGCCACUGAGCUAUGCCUUCCUCUGUGAUCGCCACAUGCAAUAAUUCUGUGUUUAAACUGGGAUCUGGUGCAGGUAAUGCUCAGUACCUUAACAGAUUUAGGUACAGGACUCAGGACACAAAUUUUCACAAAAUUUGCAUAUUUUAAUCUGUAUGCAUAUACACACAUUUUUUAAAAACCUGUGAGCAAAUUAAGAUGGGGAUCUCCCAGACCCCGUCUGCAUUAUGCAUUUAAAGCAUUAGGAUACCACAUUAAACACACAUGGCUUCCCCCAAAGAAUCCUGGGAACUGCAGUUUGUUGAGGGUGCUGAGAGUUGUUCGGAGACUCCUUUUCUGUACUUAACAGUACUACAUUUCCCAGAGUUCUCCAGGAAGAGGGCAGGACUGUUAAGCCACUCUGGAAAUUGCAGCUUGAAACUGCUUUCUUUGCAGAGUGGGAAAUGCUAGCUUAGGGGAGCUUUUCUUCCUCCAUAGAGGCUUCCAAGGGGCUCCCUGGGACUGAUGAUCAGGUGAUGAUCCAUUAUAGGGAGCCUCUUGCAGGCCCUGCUCCUGAUCAACAGAUGGGCACUGAAAGCACAUCUCCAAAGACGAUGGCUGUAAAUGCCAAUCAGCAAUUUUCUUUGAACUUUGACAGGUUAUAUCAGGUGGUGGGCGGUCCUGUCCACCUAUCAAAGUUGGGGGGGGGGAGAGGAAUCUCUCUCGUUUCCCUUCUUUCAUAGAAUGGUGGAAUUGGAAGUGACUCCAAGGGUCACCAUGUGUGCCUCUUCCAGCCGUCAGGCACAAACCUGUCCGUCUUGAGGAGUCCUGCAUCUCCCAUCCCUUGUCCUCUGCUUUUCCUCUUUCUAGACCACUACGUUCUGAUCCACCUCUGCCACGACGGAAAGGUCAUUGACACAAAGGAGACCAAGUCCAUAGCGGGCUACAACCCCGUGUGGAAUGCCCCAUUCCUCUUCAGCUUACCUGCCGGAGACAUCCAGGAACAGCAGUUGUCCCUGGAGUUCACAGUCAUGCAGGUAAUGGAUGGAAGAUCUGAGCCAAAGUAUGUUAGGGACGCGGGUGGCGCUGUGGGUUAAACCACAGAGCCUAGGACUUGAUCGGAAGGUCGGCGGUUCAAAUCCCCGCGAUGGGGUGAGCUCCCGUUGCUCGGUCCCUGCUCCUGCCAACAGUUCAAAAGCACCUCAAAGUGCAAGUAGAUAAACAGGUACCGCUCCGGCAGGAAGGUAAACUGCGUUUCCGUGCACUGCUCUGGUUUUGCCAGAAGCGGCUUAGUCAUGCUGGCCACAUGACCCGGAAGCUGUACACCGGCUCUCUCGGCCAAUAAAGCGAGAUGAGCGCAGCAACCCCAGAGUUGUCCACGACUGGACCUAAUGGUCAGGGGUCCCUUUACCUUCUCCUAGCCCAGGCUUCCUCAACCUCGGCCCUCCAGAUUUAUUUGGCUUACAACUCCCAUUAUCCCUAGCUAGCAGGACCAGUGGUCAGGGAUGAUGGGAAUUGUAGUCUCAAAAACAUCAGGAGGGCCGAGGUUGAGGAAGCCUGUCCUAGCCCAUUGUGGGGCAGGGGAGAGGCAAUCAAAGGUAGAGCAGCUUGCAUCCUGGGUUGGCCUGAAAGGUGCAGGCACACAGGUAAUUCCCUGGGCCCAAAUGCAACAUACGAUCUUGAGUGCUGAGCCCAGCCCACUCUGGAUCCACACUUCUGGACUUGCUGAACAGUUGUACAAAUGUAUAGAUUUAUUAUUUAUCUAUUAUUGUGAUUUUUAAAUCCUCCCUUCACCCUAAGGUCCAUGGGCAGGUCACAACAUUGAAACACAAUGUUAAAAACAGUUCCAAACAAUUUACAGUCACAAAAAUAUUGGGGGUCCUAAAAAUAUGCUCUUCGAGUGUCAAAAUCUGGGGUCAAGAGGUAUGUCUUAAGCCACUGAGUUGAGCUAAAGGGAAAUGAGGUUUUAGAAAUACAGUGUGGUUCAGUAGUUAGAGUAUUAGAGUAGGACCUAGGAGAGACCAGGAUUCUAAUCUCCACUCUGCCAUGAAGCUCACUUACCCUCAGCCUAACCUACUUCACAGGGUUGUUGUAGGGAUAAAAGGAGGAGGAGAACCUAGUGAAUCCUUUCUGCCCAAGGAGGAAACAAAACAACGCAUCGAUUCCUGCUUGUUGUUGUGCCAACUUACACAAGAGGGUGCACUUCCUCAAGAAGGAAUUUGUAGGUGGAAAAGCUUGGGCUGAGAUUUCCUAUAGGCAGGAAAAACCAAUGAGGUGAAUGGAAAAGUGCUGCCAUGGCCCCCUGCCCAACUUUGCUUGCCAGGGUCCUGUGGUGGCAGUGACGGCUUCCAGGUUCUGGUGGGAUCUGAUGGGGUCUGGGGGAUCUUGCCGGAACCUGGAGGUCGCUGCCGCUUUGUCCUUGCUUCUCUGGCAGCAGCGGGAGGGUGCAUGGGAGGGGUGCCACCAGCAAGAGAGCCCUGCUGGAAGCCACAGUCAGUUCUCUUCACUCAUCCGGCAUCGGGGUGUGUGUGUGCGUGUGUGUGUGUGGCAGGGCUUGGAUUCCACCUCCCGCGAUGGCUGCCUCAGUCCGUCUCAGGAUGGGCUGGCCCUGCUAUAGGGCAGCUCUAAGGUCCCCCACAACUAUUCCUGACUCUUGUUUCCCCCUCCAUCUUGUCCCAGGCUCGCCUCUACACCCGCAGCUGCGCUGUUGGCCGAGUGCUGAUCGGUCCUGUGGCCCCUGAGAUGGGGCAGGUCCACUGGAAGGAGAUGUGCAGCCGGGGGAACAUGGAAUCUGCUCGCUGGCAUGCCAUUCAGUCAGAAGGCUUUCAGCUCUGCCCUUGAGAUGCGUGUGCAGAUCUUCCUGCUGGGGUGUUGUCUGCCUGUCAUGGCGAAGGAUGGCAGCCAAAGCAAUGGCACCCUGCGAGAAAUGGCCUUCCUCUGCUAUGGGAGGCCAGGGAAGGUUUGAGGGGAACUUGGCAUUGCGACACCUUUAAGGUACGCGGGACUGCAGGAAGUCCAGCUGGAGAAAUCCAAGCCAGUUCCAAGUCCUGCCAAGGCAGGGACUUUUUGCCCAAAGAGAGGUGAUGCUGCUCAGAGCCCUUCAGAAACCCUGGGGUUGAAAAGUUGACUGCGAGCUCUCCAGGACAGCCAAAGGCAGAAAGAGCAGGUGGAUCAAGCUUUCUUCCUCCAUAACGCUCCCCACCUCCACCAGGCACGCUGACCUCAGAUCUAAGAUCCACUGCAGCAGCAGCAGCAGCUUCUGGGGCAUUGCAUCAUACGCAUAACUUUUGGCUGCCAGCCAUAACGAAAGAGAACUGAAAACCGCGUCAGCAAAGCUAGAUUUGGAUGGUUCUCAAAGUCAUGGCGCUGCUGCUCUAGGUGGGGUGCUGACUGCUCUCCUGCUGGUGUUGCAACAAGGAGGAACUUGAACUGGGGCAGCUGGGUGCAAACAGAAAUGUCAGAACAGAAGGUGCUGGGGGCAUUGUUGCAAGGCAGCCUGGAAGGGCGGUUGUGCUGGAGGCUGCGAUGGACAGAGCUCUGCAAGGAGAGCCUCUCUGUAUAAAGCACAUGCAUUGCCCAUUAACAGCCUUUAUUGCAUUCCUUCUCAGAACAUGCUUAUUUCAUUCCCUUAUCUCACCCUUCCCUCCAGGGGGUUCAGGGCCUGCACACACCGAUCUCCCCACCACCUCCCCUUCAUAUCCUCUCAACAACCCUGUGAGGUUGUAUUAUUGGGCAAUGCCAUGUGGAAGAUGUUUCUCACUAUAUGUUAACUUAUCCCCUCCAUGCAAAUCCAAAGAGGCACUUUUUGCAAACCCCUGUUUGUGCUGGAUAGCAGCUGUCUCUGAGUGAGAGGGUCCAGGGGUUGUUGAGGGACCACACUGCACUGGGAACUAGAUCGAGAAGAAGCACCUGGGUAAAAUAGCUGGGAAAAGUGAGGGGAAUUUGGAGCACUAAACUGAAACAGGGGCAUCCCUGUUAUCAGAUAUCUCACAUUAUAUGUUUGCUGUUUUUAUUUGCAGGUGUCCGAGUCAUAUUUUAAACUGAUUAUGAUUGUAUGGAAUUGUCAUGGCCUUCAAUUAGUACAAUAAACUUAUUUUGAGUGAUGU